AUGUCUGUCGUGUCGCUCCUGGGCGUCAAGGUGAACAACAACCCUGCCAAGUUCACCGACAAGUACGAGUUUGAGAUCACUUUCGAGUGCCUCGAGCAGCUCGAGAAGGAUCUCGAGUGGAAGCUCACCUACGUUGGAUCUGCCACCUCCGAUCAAUGGGACCAAGAACUCGACUCCCUCCUCGUCGGCCCCAUCCCCGUCGGCGUUAACAAGUUCAUCUUCGAGGCCGACGCCCCCAACACCUCACGCAUCCCCGAGACCGACAUCCUUGGCGUUACUGUCAUCCUCCUGACCUGCGCCUACGAUGGACGAGAAUUUGUUCGAGUUGGCUACUACGUCAACAAUGAAUACGACUCGGAGGAGCUCAACGCGGAACCUCCAGCCAAGCCCAUCAUCGAGCGGGUGAGGCGAAACGUUUUGGCAGAGAAGCCCCGAGUGACUCGCUUUGCCAUCAAGUGGGAUUCCGAGGCUUCUGCUCCUGCCGAGUUCCCCCCCGAGCAACCUGAGGCCGAUCUUGUCGCUGACGGCGACGAAUACGGUGCAGAGGAGGCCGCAGAGGAAGCUGCCGAGGCGGAGGCUGCGGCCAAGGCCAAGAACGGAGAGGACUCCGAGAUGGCUGGUGUGGAGAAUGAGACAGAGACCGCCCAGGAAGAGGACGAGAUGUCUGAAGACGGCAGUGUCGACAUCGAGGGCGAGAGCGAGGAUGAGCUCGAAGAGGAGGAGGCCGAGGGUGAAGGUGAGGGACAGGGUGACGACGCCAUGGAGGUUGACGGCGCCGAGAAGCCCGCAGCGCCGGCGGCCAAGCCCGUCACUGUGGCGUCCUAG